AUGUCUCAAAAUGGUCAAACCAAUGAAGUUGACAAAUCUUCUGAUAAACUAUAUUUAGAUGAACCAUCUACAGAAAAAGAAUUAUAUAGUGAUAAAUCAUUUGCUUUUGGUUCAAUGCAAGGAUGGAGAGCAUCAAAUGAAGAUUGUCAUAAACAUUUAAUACCAUUAGAUAAUAAUUUAGCCAAUAAUUGGGCUUUUUUCUCAAUAUUUGAUGGUCAUAAUGGAAUUGAUACAGCAAAAAAUGCUGCUCAACUUAUUGAUAAAUUGAUUUUGGAAUCUUUUAAUGAAAUUCAAUCGAAUAUUGAUGAUUGUUAUCAAUUAAAUAAUAUUAUUAAAAAUAUUUUUAUUCAAUUGGAUACAAAUUUAAGGGAAUUAGUUAAAGAUCAUAGUGGAUCCAUAGCAAUAUUAAUUAGUCCAAAAAAAAUAUUUAUGAUUAAUCUUGGAGAUUCUCGUGGAAUAAUUAUAUCAAAAGAUGGACAAGUUUUAACAUCUACGAAAGAUCAUAAACCAAGUGUUCGAAAAGAACAAGAACGUAUUCGUCGAGCAGGAGGUCGAAUAAGUAAAGUUGGAAAUGAUGUAUUACGUGUUGAAAGUCAACUUGCUAUGACUCGAGCUUUAGGUGAUUAUUCAUUAGAUAAACAUAUUAUAACAGCUAUACCUGAUUUAAUUCAAUAUGAAAGAGAUUCAUUAGCAAUAUAUGUUAUUAUUGCUUCAGAUGGAAUUUGGGAUGUUAUGAAUAAUGAACAAGUUGCAUCAUUUGUUUCUCAACGAGUAUCAAAUACAACAUUAGAAAAUAUAAUAUCACAAUUAUUUGAUCAAUGUUUAAAAGAGGAAUCUUCAGAUAAUAUGACUGCUUAUAUUAUUAAAUUAGAUUAA